AAAGACAAAAAAAAAACAUACGCUCAUACUUGAUUCCGUCCCUCAAACAUCCAUUUCUUCUUCUUAGUCACUUUGCCUUUAUUUCUCUUCUCUCGAACAAAGUAAUAUAAACACACACACACAUUUAUACAUGGAUCAAGGAGGUCGGAGCGGUGGUGGAGGAGGAGGAGCUGAGCAAGGGAAGUUCCGGGGAGUACGGAGACGGCCAUGGGGAAAAUAUGCGGCGGAAAUAAGAGAUUCGAGAAAGCACGGCGAGCGUGUGUGGCUAGGGACGUUUGACACCGCUGAAGACGCGGCUCGAGCGUAUGACCGAGCAGCCUAUUCAAUGAGAGGCAAAGCCGCAAUCCUUAACUUCCCUCACGAGUACAACAUGGGAAGCGGAUGUUCCUCUAACUCUGCAGCCACUGCGGCAAACACUUCCACGUCGAGGCAAGUUUUUGAGUUUGAGUACUUGGACGAUAGUGUUUUGGAGGAACUUCUUGAAUAUGGAGAGAACUACAACAAGAAUAAUAAUAAAAAUAAUAUUAACAUGGGUAAGAGGCAAUAAAGGGAAUGCAAUCGUAAUACGUUGAAAGCGACUUGACAGACAUUACCCAUUCAUAACGAAAACAAUCAAUCCCAAUCGUAAGAAGCUGUAUUAUCAAUGUAUUGGCAAAUAAACUGUAAUGUCAAUCAAUUUCUAUAGCGAAUAAGAUUCUUUAGGCGAGUCAUUUUAAGAGUUCAAUUUAUAAAACUUUAAAAUUCAAGCGGCUGGGUCUAUCUGUAAUUAGUUUUGAGAAUGUAA